AGUCUUAUCGAUUACCAUUAAACAGCUGCGUCCGGCAUUACUAUACACAUCUUUGUGUAAUUCGCAUUUUGCAAGUUUUAAAAAAGGAAUCGCAUUCGAAAUGACUGAUUGGGUUAAAAUCGCCGAGGACCAGGAGGUGCCCAAGUUAAAGACGACUGCCACUUCCGAUGUUCCAACGACGACAGCUGCAACUGCUGCUGCCAAGGACAAUGAACCGGAUGUCGCAGAUCCAGCGGAAACAAGCCUUCUCAUUAAAAUCUUGGGCAAGGGAUUGGUUAACACAAAACUGUCAUUAGACGUGCAACAAAAGAACCCAAACUCACCAUUGCAUUCGGUGAAAACGUUUGAGGCAUUGCAUCUGAAGCCGGAACUGCUGAAAGGCAUCUAUGCGAUGGGCUUCAAUACGCCGUCGAAGAUACAAGAGACCGCGUUGCCAACUCUUCUUGCAGAUCCACCACAAAACAUGAUUGCACAAAGUCAAUCGGGCACUGGUAAAACGGCUGCCUUUGUGUUGGCCAUGUUAAGUCGCGUAAAUACCGCAUUGAAUCAUCCGCAAGUUCUCUGCCUAUCGCCGACAUAUGAACUGGCAAUACAAACCGGCGAAGUCGCUGCUCGCAUGGGACAAUUUUGUCCCGAUAUUAAGCUCAGAUUUGCUGUUCGUGGAGAAGAAGUCGAUCGCAACUCAAAGAUAACGGAGCACAUUUUAAUUGGAACACCUGGAAAGAUGCUGGAUUGGGGUCUUAAAAUGCGACUCUUUGAUAUGAAAACAGUGCGAGUUUUCGUGUUAGAUGAAGCUGAUGUUAUGAUUGCAACACAAGGACAUCAUGAUCAAUGCAUUCGAAUUCACAAAAUGCUCAAUCCGCAGUGUCAGAUGUUGUUUUUCUCGGCGACGUACGAUAAAGAGGUUAUGGACUUUGCUCGCUUGAUUGUAUCGGAGCCAACAAUAAUUCGUUUGAUGCGCGAGGAAGAAUCUCUGGAUAAUAUCAAACAAUAUUAUGUGAAUUGCAAAAACGAGGAUGGCAAAUAUAAUGCAAUCCAAAACAUUUACGGUUGCAUUAGCAUUGGCCAGGCAAUUAUAUUUUGCCAUACGCGCAAAACUGCUACCUGGCUAGCCGUUAAAAUGACUAAAGAUGGCCAUUCGGUGGCUGUCCUAUCUGGUGACAUGACCGUUCAGCAGAGAUUGGAUGUAUUGGAUCGCUUUAGAUCGGGACAGGAGAAAGUCCUCAUCACUACCAAUGUGUUGUCACGUGGUAUUGACAUCGAACAAGUAACAAUUGUUGUAAAUUUCGAUUUGCCUGUUGAUCUGCGAGGCAAUGCCGAUUGUGAAACAUACUUGCAUCGUAUCGGGCGUACUGGACGAUUUGGAAAGUCUGGCAUUGCCAUCAAUUUAAUCGAUGGUGACAAGAGUAUGACUGUAUGUCGUGCCAUUGAAAAACACUUUCAAAAGGAUAUAUCUUAUUUGAAUACCGAUAAUGCGGAUGAUAUUGAGAAGAUUGGAAACUAAUUCAUAAUAAUCAUUCCCUAGUUUAGCCUUAAGCAAACACAUUUUUGAAAUUUCUCUAGAAAUAAAACUAUUUCUGAACCAUGCAAAUAUACAUAUAAUGAAUGA